UCAAAUCUGUCAGGGUCCCGCUGGGACCUCUCAAUGGGAGGCAGCGGAUCUGGGGGAGGCAGGGUUAACUAAACCAGACAAUGUCAGACUUGGGAAGGCUGUGGCAGACUGGGGAGCCAGGGACGCAUUCUGUGUUGCUGUUUGCUUCUACGCCUGUCAUCGAUCACUAGUGGGGCCCCUCAGUGUGUGGAAAGCAGCUCCCAGGGACACAGGAAGACUGGGGGCAGUUAUCCAAGCCAGACCUGCUGCAAGGACCAUAAUUUCUGGAGGGCUUAGGUCCUCUCUAUACAGCUCUGAGCUUCAGGAGAUAGCUGAAGUUUAACGGAUUGCUUCAACUCUGCAGCAAAGCAGUGAUCUUUGGAGUCCGAAUUAGGACAACUGAAGCUGUGGUGAAAUCUGAUGUCUGCCAUUUUGUGCCUUGAUUGACACGCCCAAACAGGAUCUGUGGGUAGACGUUGGCAAGGUGUGGAAGGCUGACUGUGACUCACUGGUGGCAGUUGUGGACAGAGACUGCUUUUGUUGGAUUACUCCUAGACUUUUGCAAAGCUGCCUACGCUGGAACGUCAAGCUUCAGUGAAGAGCACCUUUCGUGCCACACAAGUUAGUGGUUGAUGCUCCUCCUGUUGACAUUUCUGGACGUUGUUUCCACCACAAGUCACUGGGAUUCUUGGGAGAGAAAGUGCAGUGAUUGAGUGAAGACUUGUCACGUGUCAGCAAACCACAGAUCUAUCUGGUUCCUGAAUUGAAUGCUGCGUGGCACUGGAACGGUGACCGUGAGAUUGGCAUCUUUCUGAACAAGGAUCUUCCCACUGCUUGCUCCCCUGUUCCAAACUUUUGGUGACAAUGCUAUGAUCUCCUACCAGGGUUCCAUUGCUAUCUGGUCCCCCCAGGGAACCCCCCUCCCCACCCUGGAUAGGCUACAGGCACAGCAAGCGGCACCGCCAACAACCACUCUCAACAGUAGUUUUAGCAUUUCCUCAAUAACCGCCAACCUCAACCACAACCGCGAUGAGAAACGGGAGCAGCCUGUCUCGUCAGCGCCGAGCGGAGUAGCGGUCGUGAACAACCACCACAGUAAUAGCUACGUGCACAGCCACGGACACGGUCUCAGUAAUAACCACAGUCAUAGCAGUCAUAGUCAUAGUCACAGUCACAGCCAAGGACUUAGUCAAAGCCACGGCCACGGCCAUACCCAUACCCACAGCAGCCACAGUCAUUCUCACAGCCAAGUGCACAACCACAGUCGAGGGCACGAGGAGAAGGAAAAGAAGAGAGAGAGCAUCAACAGAGACACAGCCUUCAGCAAGACCAACUCUUGGACAAGUCCAAAUCAUCAGCCGCCGCGGAUCGGCCCGACGCCGCACAUAUCACCGAUCGUAGGACCAAACCCGAGCUUUUCGCUUUCGCUGACCAGCCACACGCCGACGUUCUCUCCCAGCCUGGGUCCGCCGCCACCCCCACCUCAUACCCCCCACAGUAUGAGCAUGUUCUCCACACUACCACCGCCGCCACCGCUCACGUCGUCAAGCUUUAGCCUCCCCGGAACGGGUCCCUCGUUCGGGGCAGGUAGGGAGCAAGAUAUGUUGCGUCGCGAGCUGGACAGUCGCUUCCUAGCAUCCCAGGACAGGCCGGGACCCGCGGCGGGACCCGCGGCGGAGGGGAGGGGACCCGCUCCGGUUCGGCCGUUCCUUGGCCUUGGGGGGGAGGUCCACCAACAUCAGCAUCAGCAUAUGCACCAACACCAACAUACCCACAACCAUAGCUACCACCCUCCCCUGCCGCUAGGAGGAUCCCUCGUCCCCACGCCCGCACCCCAUAUGUUUGACAAGUUCCCGAAGAUCGAUGCAGCUCCGUUUUAUAGGCCAACUUUGGGGAGCCAGUUAGGGAUCCCACCGUACCCUGCCGGGCUGUCACCCAUGCUGCCUCACAACGCCGGACCGUUCGGCUCAGGGACACAUGGAGCAUUCCAGCCUAAGGCCGAUGAUGCUCGCAGCGGAUUUCCCCUCGGUAGGAUUCCUGGGGCACCUCUCGGCAUUUCCAAAGAACCCACCCCAAAGCAGAAGACAGGCAAGUGGUGUGCUGUCCAUGUACAUGUGGCCUGGCAGAUCUACCACCAUCAACAGAAGGCCAAAGCCGAGGCCCAGGGUGAGGGACACAAGCCGGACCUGUUAGGACGACCGCCCGGUGGUCCCAACAUGUUCAACAUCCAGCACCGCUCACACGAGCUGUCCUGUCCAACCUCCAUGCUACAGUCAGCUGGUAAGGGUGGUUUGCCACACACCCCAGCGACACCCUUCGGUCCAGCACCUGGUCCUUCAGCUCACAACUCCUUCCUCAGCCCACCUGGUCCAUUUGGAAUGUCGCCAUUCGCUCGGCCCAACUUUGGACCCCUGGGAACCUCGCUGGGAUUUGGAGGUCUCGGGAACGGCUCCAUGUUUGGGAACCGUGACAUGCCAGCGAUCCCCGGUCUGGGUAACCCCCACGACCCCUGGAACCGACUCCACCGUACCCCGCCGUCCUUUCCAACGCCGCCCAACCCCAACCCGUGGGGCCCGAGCUCGCUGAAGCCCGAGUCUCAGACAACCAGCCUGCUGUCGGAGGCGGAAAGGGAACAACGGGAGAAGGAGAAACAAGAAGAGCGGGAGCGAGAGAAGGACAGGGAAAGGAAACGAGAGAGGGAACGAGAGAGGGAACAUGAACGAGACCGGUCAAAGUCGCCGGCCUCAGAGCACCACAGGAACGAUUCACGGGACCACAUGAAGGAACACGACAGGGAGAGGAACCAUGCCAACAGCCACGACAAUGGCGAAAACAAGUCUAGAACUGAGGACAACAGGUCCAGAGACGGUCGCGAUUCUGCCAGGAGCACAGAAAACAGACCACUGCAAAACGGACCAGACAGUCGCAUCUCCCCCUACAGAUUUCCCGGGGAUAAGUCCAGCGGCCAACAUGACGGAAAGUCAGACAGUGCCUUUAACAACGUGGCCAAACCUAAUGAUGUCAAAGUCAAGGAGGAGAAGAGGGAAGAAGAUGGGGAGGUUCUGGUUGUGUCGGAAAGGCAACGACACAGCGCGUCAUCUUUAGAGCGCAUGGAGAGGCCUCGCAGUGAGGCAGACAUCACUUCUCACCCCGGCAUUGUUCCCACCAUGGGUUCUAUCAGUAUGCUGGAGAGGACUCGUAUGAUGGCGGGGCAGUUCGGACUGCCUGACCGCCCGCGCCUGCCUGGCCCGCACCUCGGGAUGUGGCCCGCAGACCCCAUGAGGGAUCCCUUCCGUGAUUCGUACCACCGUGCAUUCGACUUCAACCGGGCGGAGCUCCACCACAGAAAUGACUUCAUGGCCCGGGAAGCCAUGAUGCGUGAUCACAUGAUCCACCGGCUGACGGCGCCCAACAUGCUCCCACACGACAGAUUCCGAGAGCGAGAGCCGCUCGAGUACAAUCGUGACAGCCUUCUGCGCAACGACAUGGAACGCGCCGCCCACCUCCGCACUGAUGACCGCGACCGGUUCAUGAGGGAAGAGUUUGAGAGGAGCAAAAUGCUGGGGAUGGUCCCCGGUGGGGCGGACAUGCACCCCAUGUACCCGGGCGGUAUGCACUACCCCCGCCCCACGGCCACCCCACCUUCCUCUCACACCAACUCUGUUCACAAGGCCAGUAGCUCGCCGGCCUCCAACCCACCCCCUCUCAUUCCAUCUGCAAGUGCCAACUCUGCACCCAGGAGUACGAACAACUCUCCUGCCACAAACCCCCGCUCUGCAGGCGGCAGCCCUGCACAGGAGCAGAACACCAGCAAGGACAGGGAUGUCUCCGUCAAUUCCACUGAAGACUCGCAGGCCAGAUAGCCUGUGCACCCCUCCAGCUCUGCAAAUGUCGGGAGGAGGUGCUGUUGUACAGCGUGUAGCUAUGUGCAGGACCACUAGACAUCACCAGGAGGUGCUUUUGUACAGAGGCAGCCUGGGUGCUGCUGUUUCAGACUUCCUUUUGGACUCAAGAAGAGCCACUGUAUUUGUACUGCAGUUUGGAUGGUUGUCACAAGGUGUCAGUUAUGCACAGUGAAGCUGGCCGAAGUUGGACCAUUCAAUCACUCAUACACAUAUUUUGUCUGCAAUCAUGCAAAAGAAAAAAGUGACUGCCAAACUGUGAUGUGGAUAUGAAGAGAAUUAAUGUAACAUAGCAAUGGUGCAUAUCGUCCUAGAAGAUUGUGUAAUUUGAAACCUUUUCAAGGUUUGUAUGUGAAGAAAACCUUUAUGAACUGCCAAUGAAUUGUGAAUGUUUCAGAUGUAUGAAUCAUGCGUGAAAACAUUCAGAUGUAUGAAUCAUGCGUGAAUACAAUGACAAAUGGAGGACAUUUUAACAUGGUUUUUAGUUUUUCUAUCUAACUCAUUUCUUAGGAUGUUUGUACAGAAUAUGUAUUCCUUUUUUUUAAAGACAUUAAUUCCUGAUGACUAGCUUUUAUGUCCAUUUUGGGGAAUUUUAACACAUUUUUCACUGUCAUGAGUGUGAACGAGAAAGCCUGUUGUAAGUUGUGUUCUAAUGUGAACUUUAAGAUAAAAUAGGAGACCAAAACUCUAUAUUUAUCCGCUGAACUAACCAGUAUGAUUUUUAGUCGUGAUCACAGGUUUGGUAUACAAACGAACCAAUGUUGUACAGAUUUCCAAUCAAUGUGAUGUAAAUUAAUUGAUCAUAAUCAUUUGUUAUGGAGAAGCUUGUUGUGACGUGCCCUCCCUUCUGUAGCCUUCAGUCUACAUUCUACCCAGUUCUGCUGUGCCAGUGAUGUGGUCAUGUCAGGGGCACAAAUUCUCCCUGUUUUGCCUCUUGCUUUUUUCCUGUCAGUACAUAUUUUGUAGCAGAGAGGUUGGGAUAGAAACACACUAACGACCACCUUACACUGGACAAAUGCUAUUAUUUCCAGUCUUAUGUUUCUUUGUGUAUAGGACUCGAUAGUAAUUUUGGCACUUAAUUUAAGUGAUGACAUUCAAACAAUUUAAAGAAAAUAAAAUUACUGAAUGUUGCAUCUAUGACUCCUAUGAUCCACAGACCUUGAUGCAAUCUAUACAGCCUUUCAAGAGAUACUGAGUUUCUCAUUAAGCUAUGCAGUACCACCGUUUUCAGGUCUUCCAGCUUGACCUUGACCAACUUCUAGCAAAUUCAAGGUCAGACACCUGACCUGACCACACCACUGGCACCUUCUGUUGGGAAGGGCAUUUGUACAAAGAGCAUUGGUGUUGUAGUUUCUUCAGAAUUUUGUCCUACUAUGUAGAGAUUUGUCUAUAUUGAAUGUGAGAGGCUAUGUAUAUUUUAGUAGCAAAAACAUAGAGGAAGACCUAACAUCACCCGUAUAGUCGAUUCCUGUGCCGUGAUGUUGACGUCCUUUUAGCCAGAGUAGGUUGCCCAGAGAAUUCACAGGGAUGUUUAUGUACCUUCACAGCUGAAAAUGUGCCACGGUGUUGGCACAACAAACGUUUUACUAUAUGGAACAGAGUCAGAAAUAUGUUAUUGUUUUCUUUUGUACUUUGAAGUCCUGAAAGGACUGGUGUUGUGGAUGAUGAAAGAGAGAGAUGCAGGUUGUUGCUACAUAUCUGAUAUGUAAUGUUCUGUUUGUCCAACAGUCAUGUGGACAAGAGUCACUCUUGGUGUUUCUGCCCGAACAUCCUCAUGUGCGCAAAUUUCUGUAUACCACAAUGGUAGGCCAUCUUUAAAAGGCUGUGCCCUUUCAAUAACAGGCAUAAUCUUUUUUUACCCCUUUGUGCUCUUCACAUAGAAAAGACCAGAGGGAGGAAUGCCUGCAUUAUUACACAUUGCAACACACUUUGGAUCCUUCCAGAAGGGUUUAUGAAUUUAAAUCUUGGUUAUGUUCUGGGAAAGAAGGCAUCUGUGGAUGUAGGCCUGAAUCACCAAACAUUGUUACAAAUGUUCAUGUCAGAAGCUGUGAAAUUCUCUGGUCCAACACCAUAGGUCUAGCACAUGCUCAGUGUGAUUUGCCUGUUGUUCAUGUCCCAUCUGUUUCAUCUACAGGAAACAUCCAUUAAAGAAUACUA